AUGAGUUUCAAUGAUGACGAUGAUGGAAUGCUGUUAAAUUUUACAACUGACGUUAGUGAUGCUAGUGAAACAGUCAGUAGAGGUAAAAUUACCGGUGGUAAAUGGAAGGACAGGAGAAAGGCCAAAAUGAUGAUGGAAGGUCGUAAACCGAGGGUCAGGGGUGAAAAGAGACCAUUAGAAUCUGAUGGAGCACCAACUUUUGAAGAAUUGGAAGCCUCCUCUUCGAAUUCAACUUCGGCACAGGCACCUGUAGAACCUAAGAGAUCAAGAUUUGAUAACAGUUCUAAUGUAGAACAACCAGCUAGGGUAACGCAACCAUUACAGCUAAACUCGCAAAUCGUUUCCUCUUUGUUCACGUCCAGUAGAAAUAUUGACACAGUUACCAAUAGUAAUGCUCAUGAUGAAAAAGCCGAAGUGACUUAUUCCAAUGCACCAUUGGUUGGUGACACCUUCGAUUCGUUCGGUAUCACUGACACGAUGGUUUCACACUUAAACGUCAAGAUGAAGAUUUCUAAGCCAACUAAGAUUCAGAAGUUGGUUAUCCCACCAUUCUUACAAGCACAAAACGACUUGUUUAUUCAUGCACAAACUGGUUCUGGUAAGACAUUGGCGUUUUUAUUACCAAUUUUCCAAAGCAUACUAUCGUUGGGUCAAAAUAUCACAAGACAAUCUGGAUGUUUUGCACUUGUAGUUACACCAACAAGAGAAUUGGCCAACCAAAUUUAUCAAGUGACUUCUGAGCUUGCUCAAUGUUGUCAUUUCCUUGUGCCAUGUCUCCUUAUUGGUGGUGAAAGAAAGAAAUCGGAAAAGGCGAGAUUGAGAAAAGGUGCUAACUUUAUCAUUGGUACUCCAGGUAGAGUAUUGGAUCAUUUACAGAACACAAAAGUCAUUAAAGAACAAUUGGCUCCAAGUUUAAGAUAUGUUGUUUUGGAUGAAGGUGAUAAGUUGAUGGAAUUGGGGUUUGAAGAGACUUUGAAGGAAAUCCUCAAUAUCAUUCAUGGUAUCGAUAUAGAUACUCAUCAAUUCCCCAAGUUGCCAAAGAGAAUUUUACACGUCUUGUGUAGUGCUACUGUGAAAGGUAACGUGACAAAACUUGGCAAUGUAACGCUUCAAAACUACAAAUUGAUUAGCAGUGGUCAAAAACAAACGGAAACUACUACAGUACCAGAUCAAUUACUUCAAAAGAUUGUCAUAGUGCCACCAAAGCUAAGGCUAGUUACUCUAGCGGGAUCUUUGACAACUAUAACUCAAAAGCAUUAUAAAGAAGGAUCAAAAUCAGACGUAACAAGAACCAUUGUGUUUUUAUCUUGUUCUGAUAGUGUAGAUUUCCACUACGAAGUGUUUUCAUCGCAUGAUGGGAAUCAUAGAGGUCUCGUUGGAGAUACCGCAAGGCUUCUCACAAAGGGGAACAGCAUACUUCCAUGUUUCAACGACACGGACGAUCCAAACGUCAUAUGUUACAAGUUGCAUGGGUCCUUAUCGCAACAAACAAGAACCGCAACCUUAAAACACUUCGCCACGAAUAACGAUGCCACCAAGGGUAAGCAUCUGAUCUUAUUUUGUACCGAUGUUGCAUCCAGAGGUCUUGAUUUACCCCAUGUGAGUACUGUUAUAGAAAUGGAUCCACCGUUUGCAGUAGAAGACCAUUUACACAGAAUCGGGCGUACUGCUCGUGCUGGUUGCGAAGGUGAAUCUCUACUAUUCCUCUUACCUGGUGAAGAAGAAGGAUACAUGGACUACAUCAAACCGUACCAUCCAAAAGGUUGGAAAUUACUCACAUACGACGAGCAAGUUUUGAGGCCUGCAUUCGAGGGGCUCAACGUCCGAAGAACCGAUAAAAAGAAGGAAGAUUGGGACAAACAUGAAGCACAAGCUUGGGACAACAACGCUACUACUUGGCACUUAAACGUUGAAAGGAGAGUAAUCGAAGAUUCUCACUUCAAGGAAUUGGCUGUCAAGGGGUACAUGUCCCACAUCAGAGCGUAUGCUACCCAUCUUUCCAUCGAAAAGAAGUUUUUCAACCUUAAAUGUCUACAUCUUGGUCAUUUGGCCAAAUCAUUUGCCCUAAGAGAAAGACCUAAAUCGAUGGGUCUCCAGCAAGGUAAAGCCGGAGCUGCUGCUGCAGCUUCCCAAAAGAAACCAAAAGAGGACUCGAAGUCUAAAAUGCUACGUAUGGCCAAGAUGGCCAUGAGACAAUCUAACGACGAAUUCAACUUUGCAUAA